UGUUGAAAGUGAGAAGAAUAAUCUAGAGAAACAGCUAGCAGACAGAUGUGAACAGUUGGAUAAAAUAAUGGACGAGUUAAAGACGGCAAAGGAACAAUUAUCACAUAGAGAUCAACAGUUAAAAGAUACACAAGGAAACCGACAAAAUUCUGAAAGUCAUCUGAAGGAAGAACUGACUGAGAAGACUAACAUAAUUUCUGACCUGAGUAAGAAUCUAGCAGACUUGCAGGAUGAGUUACAGACAGUCACAGAGAAAUACAAUGUCUCGAUCAACCAGUCCACAGACAUGAAGAAUAUAUCGCAACAGAAGGCUGGAGAAACAAGCCAACUUGUAUCAAAAAUGGAAAAUUAUGAAAAAGAAUUGUCAGAUCUCCAACAAAAGUUAGCAGAAACCACUACGCAACUAAUGGAAGAAAGACAGAGCCAUGGUCAAGAUAAAGAAUAUUUACAAAAUGCCAAAUCAGAACUUGAUGCUCUUAAAGAUAUCCUCGGUAAGAAAGAGCAUGAGCUGCAGGGCGUUAAUGAAAACAUGGGCAAAACCAACAACACUCUACAGAUGCAGCUGGAUGAUUCGUCAGCAGUAUGUCAAGAUUUGAAACAGAAAUUAGAACAAGCGCAGGCUGCUUUGAAUCAAAAAGAUCAACAAUUACAAGACAUCCUCCAAGAACUGAAUUCUUUGAAGCAAGAAGCUGGUACAAGUCAUGCUGGUCUAACGACAGAUGUAAACAUGCUCACCGACCAGAUUGAGCAACUGACCACACAGCUUGAGAAAUCAAAAGAACUCCUUUCCCAAAAGGAACUCGAAAGAGAAGCCAUGGAAGCAAAACAGAAGGAACUGACAAGCACAAAUCAAAAGAUGCAGGCAAAAUUGGACAUGCUGCAGAUGGACUUGGAGGAAAGAGAAGAGGACAUGAGUGAACUUAAUGGAAAUAUGGAGCAAGCCAAACAAAACAUGGCUGACUUAAAAGAAAAGCUGCAGAACAAAGAUUCACAACUAACACAAAUGCAGAAAGAACUGGAAGACACAGGAAACAAGUUAGCCAAAAUGACCGACAGUAACGACAAACUUACAGAAGAAAUGUCUCAUAUGAAGCUUAACCUUGAUAGAGCUUCUACCGAAGAUACUGAGAUUAAAAACAGAUUGCAAGCGGAUGGUUUGAAAUACGAAAACCUAUCCAGAGAAUGCCAGGAUUUGAGUCAAACCCUCGAUAAUCUAAAAGCAGAGAAGUCGAUCCUACUUACAGAACAAGAGAAACUCCAGAGUAGCUCUCAAGAUCUGGAACGAUGUUUGAAUGAACACAAGAGAUUGCUUGAGGAUAAGACAAUAGCAUAUCAAGCUCUCGAAAAAGAAUGCAUGGGCUUGAAAGAGGGUUUAGAUGAACGAAAUUCAGAGGUAAAUUCUAACAGUACCACCAUCACCAACUACAUAAAACAAGUGGCAGAUUUGGAGAAGAACAUCAGUGAUCUAAACAGACACAUCGAAAACAAGAACGAGGAACUUACAGGCAUGAAACAUCGAUGCUUGUACUUAGAGGAAAACAUGGAUGAGCUAAAAGAAAAAAAUCUGAAGCAGUCAGAGGAGCUGAGCACACAAGUUAUGUCUUUAGCUAAACUGGAAGAAAAAUUGCGUCUGCUGGAAGGAGAGAAGACAGAUGCAAGCCAGACAUCUUCUAAAGAACUGGAAAACAUGCAGGUGCAAGUUACAUACAAGCAGGAGAUCUUUGACAGAAAGUUAUCCGAGCUGGAAAACUUUAGGAAACAUAAUGUAGAGUUGGAAAAAUGCUACAGCAGAGUAAAGAAACAGUUGCUGUCAAAGUUAAAGAAAAUGAAGAAUUGUCUGCCCAGUGUGACCGAUUACAAGCUCAGUUGGAAGAGAAUCGAUUGGAGAUGGAAGAGAAAAAUAAACAGUUGACAUCUUUGAAAGAAUCAUCAUCACAGCUUGAAAGUCGUCUCGUUGAUAACCAGAAAUUAAAGGAAGAAGAAUGUGGAGACAUUAUGAAUGAAGCCAAUGGCGUGAAGUCAAAGCUACAAAUGUUACA